AUGGCCAGCGUUUACACGAGUGAUACCGUUUACUCUGGGAAUGAGACACUCGUCGUUGCAAUGGAUUUGGGUACAACUCAUACUGGCGCCUCGUUUACGUAUUUGUACCCCGGGGAGAAACCCAAAGUCCACCUGGUAACGCUAUGGCCCGGUCAGCCCGAAGCAUCUGGUGCUGCAAAGAUCCCCACUUUUGUUGCAUACAGAGGGACCACUGCCGUCACAUGUGGGCAGGAAGCAGAUGAAUACCUAGAGGACGAUGAGUACGUUGUUGCGCGGUGGUUCAAGUUGCAUCUUCAUCCCGAAUCAAUGAAACAAGCCGACGAGCCUCCACGAUACGGGAGCAGCUCCAACUUUUCGUCCAGACUCGAAAUUCCUCCGUUGCCAAGAGGCGUCACCAUCCAAACUGUCUAUGUCGACUUUAUGAAAUACCUCUUCAGUCACACAAAGACUUACUUUGAACAACGCAUGACAAAUGGCGAGAGCAUCUGGCGUCGACUACGCGAUAGGAUGGAGAUUGUUCUUGCGACACCCAAUGGAUGGGACAUCACUCAGCAGACUUUCCUUCGUCGAGCGGCGAUCGUAGCUGGACUCGUCACAGAUGCCAAUGCAGAUACACUCCUCAAGUUUGUGACUGAGGGUGAGGCAAGCGUUCACUACGUUAUGGCCUAUAGUCCGACCAGAUCAUGGUUGUCUAAGGGUUCUACCUUUUUGGUCAUUGACGCUGGUGGAUCUACUGUUGACAGUACACUCUACGAGUGCAAGGCUGUAGAGCCGCACGUCGAGCUGCAAGAGGUCUGUGCAUCAGAGUGUGUUCAGGCUGGAGGUGUUUUCGUAGACCGUGCAGCAAAGCGGAUGCUGGAAGACAAACUACGAGCUUCAAAGUUCAAUGACCCUGAAUCGAUUCGGGACAUGGUCAAGGCUUUCGAGGCCAAGACAAAGCGACUCUUUGAUGGCAAUCAAACGAGCAACAUAGUUCAAUUUGGUGGCAAUAAAGAUACCGACAAAGAUUUCAGUAUCCUCAAGGGAAAACUCACCCUCACCAAGAACGAAGUCGCGCAGUGCUUCGACGGCGCUAUAGCUGCUAUUGUAGAAAGCUGCCAACGCUUACUACAGACACACAGAGUUGAGCAUAUACUCCUCGUUGGUGGAUUUGGCGAAAGCCCAUAUCUUCGUCGUAGACUAGACGAGACGUUCGCAAAACAGAAUAUUAGAGUCGUGACCGUGGAGCAACCCUCUCGAAAGGCCGCAGCUGAAGGAAGCACGAUAUGGUAUAUCAAACGGCAGGUCAAGGCCCGCGCUGCCAGGUUUACACUCGGCACCAUAUCCUCCACUGCCGUUCAUCGAGCCGAACACUUGGAGCGCAUUUCGAAGGCAUUUGUUGAUUCCGAUGGCCUGCUCACUGUCAGAAACACCUUUACAACUCUGGUCAAAAAGGAUCAAGUCCUCGACGAUGAUUAUACUCACACUGCAUCGUUUGCAACUGUCUUCUCUCCAGUGGAGAUGCUCUUCAUACCAGACAGCGUGACGAGAAAGAUGGACCUCUAUGCCUGGGAGAGUAGCGAGGCCCCUCCGUUUUGGGCCAAAGACGAGGACGGCGAGGAACUAGUGCCUGGUCUCCGAUUGCUAUGCUCACUUGAGGCACGAGUGACGCGUAUGAAAGAAUCGAUGAAAGAAAUGACGGGUCCUCAAGGGAAGAAGUACUUCCAAUCUGACCUGCGCGUCUUAAUCUUCCUCGGUGGAACGGAGAUGAAGGCGCGACUUGAGUGGACGGAAGGGGAUGAAACUUGCGAAGGCCCAGUGAGCAUUAUUCCAAACUCGACCAUCUAG